CAUUUAUACACACUCAUUAAAAUGCUCGCUUCUCCCAAAUAUUGAAAGCAGGACAAUCUCAUUAAUCUGGAAGUCCUCAAUAUAUGUUUGAAUCUCCACUGCAGAGUAGCCAACGAAUGAUAAAUUAAAGUUCCACUGCAUUGCAACCUGUAAACGAUAAAUGGAGGAACAAAUGUUGCUGAGCAGGAUAUCAUGUGAAGGAGGGAAAAUUAAAUGAGAGCUGUGUUGCCCCGUUUGCUUCUCGUUAGGAGGGCGUCCCUCUCACUACCCAAGCAUUUCGCUGUCGUCUUCUCCUACUCCACAGUGAGCAAUGCCGUGGAGGGGCAAGAAGAAUCUAUUGCUUCAGAACAAGUUUCCCAAGAUUCUGCUUUGGACAGUCUUCUGAACAUACCAUGGUUUCCUUUACCAAUCAAACAUUUACCAGAGGAUUAUCACAAAACAUACUCCCCCCCCUACAGAAUACCAUCGGACACCACAUCAUCUCGGCGCAAGGAGCUUUCGAGGGAGAGGAAGAAGAAAAGGGUCAUAAAAACUAUGCAGAAAUACCGGUUUGGGGAACUGAUAAAGACUUAUGGAAAGAUGAUAGGUGGAGAGGUUAACCUUGACAUACUGGGAGAACUGGGCAGGGAAAGCGGUUUGAGAGAAUACAAUGCCAUGAUAGAAGUUUGUGUCAACAAGGCCAAAGAGACCGCAGACGAAAAGGGUUCAUUGAAGCAACUAAAUACAGCCUCUACGGUCUUUGAGAGGAUAAGGGAACAGGGGAUGCAACCAGACAAAUUCAGCUACAGACCCCUAUUUGCUUAUGUUGCAAAUAAGGGGAUGGCGGAAGAGUUUUAUUGCCUUGUUCAGCAGAUGGAAGAGGACGGUGUGAAUAUUUCGGAUAUUGGUUACUUUGAAAUGGUGUUGUGGAUUAAGGAUGGAAAUAAAGAUGAGGUUGUGGGUCUUUGCGAUCAAGUUUUGCGUUCUGAGAGUGAUAAGGGAUCUGCUUUGGCUGAUGGUUUCCUAUUGGCUUUGUCAGAAAAUGAUUGGACAGAGGAGGCUCUAGGACUAUUAGAAAAGGUAGAAAUAACCCAAGUUUCUGCUCUAGUGUGUUUGAUAAGCAUUUUUAAAUGGUUAGGGAGGGCCAGAUUGCAAGAGAGGGCAGAAAAAUACAUUCAUGCAUUGAAAACCAAAGGUACUGAACAAGAUAGUUUGUCAGAUUUCAUGUGCGAGUAUGCCCUAAGCCUGAUGGAUAUGGAGCUUGAGGAGAUUAUUUUGAUUUUCAAGGGUAUGCAUGAACAUCUUGGAGUACAACCAUCCUCAUCAUCUUACAACAAGCUUAUUGAGCAUUACUGUGGGACUUUUAAGGUUCACAUGGCUGUUGAUUUAAUUGAGGAAAUGUGUAAAGCAGGUCUAAAUGUUUCUGCAGAGACUUUCCAUCCAAUCUUGCAUGCGUGUGAAAGGACAAAUGAACUUGAACUGGUGCCCCUUACAUAUGCAGUGAUGCGCAACUAUGGUUUGCAACCAACUGGGGAGACUGUCAAAUAUGUUGUCAAUUCUUUUUUGAAGAUGAAGAACUUUAAGGCUGUUUACAAUCUGUUGGAAGAAAUGAGAGAGCUCAAAAUACGGCCGACAGUCCAUCUCUAUAAUUCGAUAAUGGCGGCAUAUUUUCGAGAGAAUAAUGACUCUCAGGCAAUGGCUAUUCUCAAAGAAAUGGAGGAUGCAGAUUUGAAACCAGAUGCAGAGACAUAUUCAUGCUUAAUAUAUCACUCUAAAAGUUUAAAGACAAGUGAAAAGCAUUUAAAAAAAAUGAAAAGAUUGAACAUUCCACCAUCAAAACAUGUGUACAUGGCACUUAUCAACGUCUAUGUGAACCAUGACAAAAUUUCUAAGGCAAAAGAGAUUGUUAAGGAUCAAAGAGACGAGGAUUACUCAAUAGAGAUCACAAGCACCCUGAUAACAGCACUUGCUUCAAAUGGAAGAGUUUCAGAAGCAUUUGAAAUAUAUGAGGAAAUAAAGAAAGUAGGUCAAGUCCCAGAGCCAAAAGCGAUUAGGAUUCUAAUUGAACACCUUGGAAUGCAAAGUAAAUUUUCUGAAAUGUUUCGGUUGCUUAAUGAGUACAGAGAUAAACAGGACUGGUAUUCUGUUUGCAGUAAGAUAGUUCUUUGCUGUAUUGAACACAGACAAAUUAGCCAUGCCAUUGAUGUCCUCCAGCAACUAAAAGUGAGGGAAAAGUCUUCUGUGGACAUUGUUUGUAACGAGAUCUUUUCCCUUGUCUGUGAUUCGAACACUGCAAAAUUAGAGGAUUGCUUGGCUUUAUUGGAAGCCAUGAGAAAAGAGAUUUUUGUUCAACCAUCACGAACAGCACUAGAUUUCCUUCUCAGUGCUUGUGUCAGCAGGAAGGACUCAUACACUGCAAAAUUGAUUCUCAAAGAGUACACGAAUGAGGGUUUUCCAUUCAAUGUAGUUACACUAUUGAGAAUGUUUCAGGUUUUCCUUGCCUCAGGUGAUCAAGCAGAUGCUGCAGUAAUAUUGAAAAUAAUGUCUCGGAAAGAUAGGAAAGACCAGCAUGUUAAGUACCUAAUCAAAAUGUAUUGUAAACAUUAUCAAUGUCGUAAAAUUGACCUGUGUGUCUAACCGAUAGCACAAGUGCAAGCUAUCCUUUCAGGAACCCCAAGUCUCUGACCAAGCCUUUUCUGGAUUGUUGUGACCUCGUUGAUGGGUGAACUUAAUGCCAAGUUGUUCUGGCCAAUCUGUCUGGAGUGAAAACACUCAGAGAGUUUCGAACAGAGCGAAACUGAAGAUACACCUUGUUAGAGCAGAGAACUAAGCAGCCAACGUUCAACAUCCAUUCAUUCUUGUCCUUUGGAGGAAUUAAACCCCCAACCUCUUCGAACAUGAUGCAAGAGCAUUAUAAACAAUCAAAGCUAAUUUGCCAA